AUGGAUAAUCUGUCCUCGAACGGACAAUACCUCUCGCUUCUCAGUGGAAUCAAUCAGAUUCCCAAAAAUGAUUCCCGACAAUCACAAGCUCAGACUCCAUUCUCUGAAGGAACCAUCCCAGAGAGAGAAAACAAUUCAUUCGUCUUGGAUCAAUUUGGUGUGGAUGAACCAUCUUCUUUUCCUUACCGACCUCUAUCUAGCUCCCAUGAAACCAUACAUCUUCCACAAUUUGUACCCAAUCAGCCGGUACUUUCUUUUGGGCGCUACACUCCAACGACGUCUUCUCUUCGCAAGACUUCUUUCUGGACCUAUCUUCCUGUUCCUUCUGUCGGUUCGUUGGAUUUCAUCCCAAAUUCUUCCUCCACGCAGAAUCCUUUCAACCCGCACUUGAACCUGAUCCCUAGUCAAAACAACUGGGAAUAUUUAACCCUUCAACGUCUUCCAGACAUCCCAGUCCAUCAUCAUCCCGCUUCGUCGUUAGCUCUCAUCAAUCCGAUCUGGAUAUCACCCCCUAACACAUUCCACGAUGGAGGUUAUCUUCCAGAUCCUUUCAACCCUCCCGUCUCUCCUAAUCGUUCCGCUUUUGCGAUGUAUCCUCCUAUUCCGUCUACUGUCCAAGACGACCACGAAGAGGCUAUACCAGCGGAACACACGCCAUUAUACGAAUUACCGAUGUAUCAACCCCCAAACGAUAUCGCACUUCCGAACAGACUGGAAGUUGCCGUAGAUGAGUACAAUCGGUCAAGGUCGGACCCCAUUCACCUUCUCGAUACAACUCAACAGGUGUCUAAUUUGGAACAAGAUGAUAGUGUCUGGUCGGACGAUGCGGAAGGAGAAACAGAGUUGGAAUCAGAUACAUAUACGAGACUUGUCCCUCUCUCCUCCAACUAUCUCCCAUAUCGAUCAAAGAUUCUUUCCUCAUCUAGCGAAGAAGAUUCAGAUAGUUCUUUCGAGAUUCCUCUCUCGUCGCUUUUUCGGUCUAUACGAUAUGCCAAACGUAGGAAGAUCACCAAGACUGAUAUGAGACAAAGUUCGACAAAACUUCCAACUGGUCGUAACAAGGCAAGCGCUUCUGGCCCUAAACCGGCUAAGAGGGGGAACGGAAUAGGAAAUGUAGGAAAUGCAUAUACUGUAUCUAUUUUGGAUAAGGUAUGGGAUGAAAAAGCCAAUCAUACCACUUUCGAUUUUCAUCUUUGCGCAGCUUUGCAUGACCCUUCAACGGAUGAUUAUAUUCAUUGGGAUGAAAAGGGGGAUGUGAUCGUGAUUCCCGAUAUCAAAGCUUUCCUUCGUCAUGUUUGGCCUCAUCACUGUCAGACGAGUAUCAAGAGAGCUGCGUUCAAUAAGCAAUUAGCAAAUUACGGUUUUAGACGUGAGAAGUAUAGACUCAAUAGUCUUACCCAUCCUCUCCGACUAGAAUACGAUGGUUUAAAGAGGGAUGAUCCGCGUUUCUGGGCAAAACUCGCCGAACGAUGCGCAAAGUUCAUCGGGUCCCCUCAGUCCGAGUGA